GAAAUUCCGUAAUAGAGAGAUAAGACCAUGGAACAGAACAGUGAAACCGUAAGUAGUUCUUUUUUGUUCCCAUGUAUACAUACAUACAUACAUACAUACAUACAUACAUACAUAUAUGUAUAUAUGUAUACAUCCAUACAUGUAUGCUGCGAACCGGUCGUGAAACUACUUUAUGCCACAUGAAGAGAGUCGAAGUCAGUCAUCGAGAAACUUUCGAAACGAACGUGCGUAUCCUGGCCCGAAUCAGGCCCAAGAUGGCUUUCGGUCUUACAUUCAUAAUCUUUGUUGUUAUCACUUUUGAUACAUUUAUUGAUGCUGGACCUUACGGAAAGAUCAACGAACAAAUACUCAAUAUUACUACUUACGAUAAGGACGAUUCAUUGAACGAGAAUCAAAACACCGAAAGUUUUAUUAUCAAUCAUGACAAGGAUAAAUCUAUACCAAUCGAUGAAUAUGACGAUGAAUAUGAGGAUGAGGAUGAAGAUCUUGAAAAAUAUAGAAUUUCAUCGAGAAAAUUGUCAGACGGUGACAAUGACAGAUCAUUUUCCUUAUUUGGUACAGUUGAAUCUGUAUUCUCGGCAAUGGCAAAUAGUUUAAAUAAUAUUGUAAAUAGUAUGAUGGGAACACAGACGAAGAGUUCAGUUAUACGAGGCAACAGAGUUAGUUAUAGAAAUCAUCAAUUGAUAAGAAUAUUUCCUAUCACUGAGGAACAUAUCAAUGAACUACGUGAGUUAAGGGAUUCUGAGCCUGACGAUAUUAAAUUUUGGAAUGAGCCCAUAUUGAAUAGGACAACCGACGUCGUGAUCGCACCUGACAUUGUCUCGGAUGUCAAAGAAUAUUUAAAGGGUCAUCAAAUCGAUUUUAAACUACUGAUAUCGGAUCUACAGAAGACGAUCAAUUAUCAAAAUCCAAAGAUGUCUAAGGAACAACGUGCUGAUCUUGUAACCAAUCAAGGACAUACCAUGACUUGGAGACGAUAUCAUCGAUAUGGGGAAAUCCUUAGAUAUUUGGAAUAUCUUGCAUUCAGAUAUCCAACUAUGGUAGAAAUAAUUACUAUCGGUCAUAGUUAUGAAGGAUUACCAAUAAAAAUGGCGAAAGUAUCGACUGGCCUUAAACGCGAUGGUGAACCAAAACCUGCGAUCUGGAUCGACGCCGGUAUGCAUGCCCGAGAAUGGAUCAGUGUUGCCGUUGCAACUUACAUUUUAAGUCAAUUAGUUGAAAGAAACUCGUCUUAUACGAAAUUGUUGGACCUUUCGGAUUGGAUAAUAUUGCCUGUUGCGAAUCCCGACGGAUAUGAGUACACACAUACGUAUGAUCGACUUUGGAGAAAAACUCGAAGUUAUCAUGGAGAUCGCGAAGCCAGAUAUUCACCAUCGAGUUUGUUUCACUUGAUGUCACAUUAUACCAAAUGGUUUUGGUCGAAAUGCGAGGGAGUAGAUCCAAAUAGAAAUUUUGGAUAUCAAUGGGGUGAACGUAACAAUGGUGGAACUAGUUUGGAUCCUUGUCACGAAACUUAUGCUGGUCCUUAUGCUUUUUCUGAACCUGAAACUAAAGCAGUUGCGGAAUAUAUUAUGGCUAAUCGCCAGAAUAUUAGAAUGUAUUUGACGUUACAUUCAUAUGCACAAAUGUGGUUGUCACCUUGGGCUUAUGUUAGAGAAAGUCCAGCAGAUUAUUCGGAGUUAACAAACAUAGCUAGAAGAGCUGUGAAUGCUAUAGCAAAAGUUCAUGGUACACAUUAUCAAGCUGGUCCAGCAGCUGAUCUCUUAUAUCCAACGUCAGGAGCAUCAGACGAUUGGGCCAAAGUUACAGCCGGAAUAAAAUAUGCUUAUACCGUUGAACUUCGCGAUCGUGGUACUUACGGUUUUCUACUUCCGGCAACACAAAUUGUACCAACUGGAAGAGAAAUUUGGGCUGGAAUACGAGCUAUUGCACGUCUAGUUACAUGUAACACGUAAUGCUAAUCUAUUUACGUGAAUCUCUCGACUACUUGAAUUUAAUAGAGAAAUUAUCUAUAUAUGCCGAUAGAUCAAUACUAUAUUUAGAUACAAUUUUUUCUCAAGUACAACAUUGU